GCAGACUGGGAGUCAAGGGUCUCCUAGUAGGUCUAUUGGUCGAGAUGAAGCUCUUGUAUAUUCCCAAGCAGGAGGUGGGAUGACCGGGCGCAUUUCACCAGGAUAUUCUUCCCCAUAUGGUAGUCGAGAGCAACUGCAAUCUAUCCACCCUCCUCUUGCUCGCCAUUCCUCAUCACAGGAGGGUGCGAAACACAUGCCAACAUUACCACCCCAUCUCUGUCCUUCAUAUACUCAUCCUCAUGUCACACGCUUUGCCUCUGCACCAGAUCCUAUAUGGGGAGGUCAGCAGCAGCAAAACACACCUGGUCCACCACACAUCACACGCCUGAACUCCACAUCUGAUACAAGGCUGAAUGUAUAUGGCUGCAGUAGUGAAUCGCAGCUGUUUUCUGAAGUUCCAGUAUUUGAUGAUCCAAUGAACCGCCUAACACAGUUCCACCCAGGAGGACAACACCACAAUACUAGUCCUGGACCAGGAGCUGCAUCACCAGGGCCAAUUGGUUCAAGGCCCAUGUCUCCUCAGCAUGGCAGUGUUAUGCAUCAUUCUCCAGGUGUAUCUCCAAGACAGCACAUACCAUCACAGCAGACAUCCUUAGGUUUAUCCUCCAGUUUUCCAAGCCCUAUGAGUGGAGCUGCAAGCCAUGAAGAUGUCCGGCUACGUAUUUUCUAUCAUCUCUCCAACCUGUUCCCUGAAGCUCAGGUAAGAGCAGUACUAGCCAUGUAUCCAGAGGAGACAGACCCUCAGAAAAUAUGUAGUUACAUCUUAAGUCCUAACCAUGGAUCCGUGGGGUCACGGCCUAUGUCUCCACAACAGCCAUCACAACCUGGAGUGGGACGGCAGUCGCAAGGUGUUCAGGGUUCAACUUCUCCUACAGCUGCUUUUCCAAGCUCUCUUCCUACUACAGCAUCCAGUCAUGAGGAUGCACGCUUUCGUACAUUCUACCAUUAGUUUUAAAUUUUUCCAAAAGCUCAAGUGCAUACUGAUCUGGCUAUGUGUCCUAGUAAAAUUAAGGACUAGAUGUAUGCCACCUUAGUAAGGUCUGGUAAAUAUCAGUCCCCAGAAUUUGCACAAAGUACCUAAAAUAGACUAUUGAUGUAUUGCAUCAGGCAUAUAAUUAUAGCAUAUCAUUAUAUGUAAUUUUGAAACAAAUGUAUGGUUCAGUUUGCUUUAUACAAAUUGGCAAGGAAAAGGGGAAAAUCUAAGACAUUGAUGUAAUGUUUAUUAAACAAGUGUGAUGUUUAGUGAAAUGUGAAAGUAAGCGUUAGUGAGGCUGAUAGUAUUAUUGCACAUAUUGAGACAUAUGCGAGUGUACAGUGAAUUAGUUCCACUGGAAUCCUAUCUAGUGCAUGAAGUGUGUCCUGGGGGAAGCCAAACAUUCAAAAAGGACAGGAGAAAGGUGAGAAGUAAGUAAAUGGGUUUUCAGUAUUGGCUUGCCAAAGCUAUUGCGUUUGUGGAAGCAUUUAAUAGAGCACAUAAUGUUUUUACCUUGCCUGUGGAUAGUGACUGUGAGGUCAGUUUGACAGUAGUCAAUAUUUUACCUAGGUACUAGCACUGCAGCGAUUGCUACACUUCAGUUCAGGAUGACAAGCUUCGGUUAUGGUUUUUCUGUUCUUUUUAAGUGUAAAUGGAUUGCCCUAAAGUGUCUUAUGGACAGACACAGGAACUUGGCAUGAGUCCUAUAUUUCAAUCAAAAGGUCAGUAGAUUGGCAAAUAAAUUAGUCUUUUAUGUUAAUCAUAUUAAAUCAUGUAGUUUACAAGCAGGACUCAACAGCCUAUGUUAGAGUGUGCCAUAAGCUGCAAUGGCUCCCAGUGGACAAAGCAAUGUACUAGUUGGUUAAAAUAUGCUGGUGCUAUACUGGCUAUAGUGUGAGAGGCUCGUACCACUAGUUAUAUGAAACGAUUUGCUCAGCAUCUAGAUACUGAUAGUAUUCUUAAUGAAAGAAUUGUCAGGGAAUCUUAAGAAAAGGAAGAUAGAAUGAUACUGCAACAAGAGAAAUGUUGUCCCGCAAGUACUUUGUACUUAUUAUUGACAGUGAUAAUGUUCUGGAGAGCUGCAAGACUUAGUCAUUGAGAGUAACCAAUAGGAUGAGUGAGUUGGCACAAACCUAUCAGGUGGAACAGAUUAUUUUUGUUAUGAACAUAUAAUGUUUCUAUUAUUACAUAAUAUUUGAAAAGGGUUUUGUUAUUUUGCUGCCCUUUAUCUCUCCCUUGAUGCAACAACCGUGUGUAUGUGUGUAUUGGAAGCCACCAGAAAGUGUGACAUCUGAAUAAGGUUUGCAUUUGUGAUGUGUGAUCACCUCAGGUUCGCAUGUUUAUGGAUGCAUUAGAUCCACUGGUGAAUUAGAAUGAGGUUGGUAUGUAACAAACCUUGCAGAAUCACACUUUUAAUGAUGGCUGGAGUGAAGCGUGUCAUUACAAUACUAUGUAUUGUGGGCUGUACUGGGUGUGUACCCAACCAUUGUGUGACUGCACCCUAUUGCUGCCCUUAGAUCACCAGGCUCAGAUAGAGCUACAACAUAGGUGCUGCCUCAUUGUUCAUUCUUCCAGUAGUGUGAGUGUGCCAGUAAAGUUGAGGUUUUACACCGUGUUUAGUUCUUAUCUAGUUCUCAUUGGUGGCUGUGUGGUGACAUAAGGAAUGUAAUGGGUGCAGCUAGACCGCUACUUAGCGGUAACUGUGUAGCUCAUAUUGAUCUUGAGGGCCUACCACACCUCGACAUCGGCUUCUCAAUUGUUUUGAAAAGCCUUUGUAAUGUUCUACAAAUUUGGUUAAUUAUAUUUUUGCAUUAGCCCAUUAAUUAUAGUGGGAGUGCGCCAUAGUUGUCAGGUAUAUAUGUAAAAGAAAGAAAUGUAUGAAAAUAAUUAUUAGUGAUGGCAAUCUUUUGCACAAUAACACAUUGGUCAUUAUUUUGGUAUUUAUUUUGUAGGUCAAUUAUGUAGUGAGGUGUAAGGCUGUUAAAGACACCCUUUUUAUGUCUAGGAGGUGGCCCUCUCUUGGCUUUUCACACUGACCUUCCUACACUCUCAAUAAAAAGAAAGUUGAA